AAGAAAGCAAACGGACACGCUGUCAAAGAAAGCUAGUGUCCACAUCAGCCGGCUGAGAGACUGCUGCCUCAUCCACCAUUACCUACAAUUUUACUCGGUUAUAUCGACAUUUCACACGUUUCAGGAGCUGUCAUUGUAUUAAUUUGGGAAUUUUUUAUCUCGUAUUUGCUCCCCGCUGAGAAUGGCUGACCCCAAAUACGCAAACCUGCCAGGAAUUGCUUUUAACGAGCCGGACGUGUACGAGACUGGAGACCUUCCAGAGGAUGAUCAGGCACAGUUUGAGUCGGAGGAGCUGUGCAGUGACAGCGUGGAGAGGAUUGUGGUCAACCCCAACGCAGCCUACGACAAGUUCAAAGACAAGCAUGUCGCCACCAAGGGACUGGAUUUCUCAGACAGAAUCAGUAAAAGCAGAAGAGUGGGCUAUGAGUCAGGAGAAUUUGAAAUUCUUGGAGAGGGCUGUGGAGUAAAGGAGACACCCCAGCAGAAGUACCAGCGCCUAGUCAAUGAGAUCCAGGAACUCACUCAGGAGGUGGACACCAUCCAGGCUGCCACAAAGGAAACCAAUGCAGAGGAGCGCCUGACCCCGGUAGUACUCGCCCAGCAGGCGGCUCAGCUCAAACAGCAGCUGGUUUCUGCCCAUCUCGACUCUCUGCUGGGACCACAGGCUCACAUCAACCUGGCCGACCCAGAUGGAGCACUGGCCAGGCGUCUGCUCACCCAGCUGGAGGCGGCUAAGGGCAGCCGUGGCAGCGCAGACAGCAAGCCGACGGCAUCGGCUAAGGGCCCAGAUGGAGUGGUGCUGUACGAGCUGCACAGCCGACCAGAGCAGGAGAAAUUCAACGAGUCUGCCAAGAUGGCGGAAUUGGAGAAGCGUCUCGCUGAGCUGGAGAUAGCUGUUGGCUCAGGAUCAGACAAGCAGGGACCUCUGAGUGCCGGCGUACAAGGAGCCAGUUUGAUGGACACCAUAGAGCUCCUGCAGGCAAGAGUCAGCGCACUGGACUCUGCUACUCUGGAUCAAGUGGAGGCCAGACUGCAGAGUGUCCUUGGGAAGAUGAAUGAGAUUGCUAAACACAAGGCAGCGAUUGAGGAUGCUGAUACACAAAACAAGGUGUCUCAGCUUUACGACACCGUGCAGAAGUGGGAUGCCAUGUCCACCUCCAUACCUCAAGUGGUCCAGAGGCUCGUCGCUGUCAAGGAGCUUCAUGAGCAAGCCAUGCAGUUCGGCCAGCUGUUGACCCACCUGGACACCACUCAGCAGAUGAUCAACAACUCUCUGAAGGACAACAACACCCUGCUCACACAGGUCCAACAGACAAUGAAGGAAAACCUGGUGGCUAUAGAAGAGAACUUUUCUGCUCUCGAUCAGAGGAUGAAGAAGCUCUCCAAAUAAGCAGCAAGAGUUUUGGAGAGUGCAGAACACGGACAUAAAAGAGUUGGCUGGAGAGCGCUCUUGCUUUCUACUUCGCCUCUGCCUUUUUUCACUAAGUGGAAUGUUAGAAAGCGGGAUAAGAUGGAAUAACAAACAAAAGAGGAGACCAAAAUGUUCUUGUCCACCCUCCUUUCCUUUCCCUUUUUCUUGCAUCAAAUUGAUAUCAACUGAAAACACUUUUGUCCACUCUAUACAUGCCACUGAUUGCAGUCCCAUGCUAAGCUUAUUGACUUUUAGUCUGGAUUGUUUUUAUAAAAUACUAGUAUCAAUGAUAAGAAAUUCCUCCAAUCCUUUGGAACCACACACCAUUACUGGAUUUGUUCUGUAAACUUUGGUCGAGUUAGAUGGAUCACGGUAAAGUUGGGUUAAAGGGUGACACAUUAAAGAUGUUGUCGGCUGUGUAAAAAGAAUUAAAAAAUUAUCUAUUGUCUUCUAGUGUUGUAGCAGGGGCACUUUUGUGCAGGUGUCAGGGCCAAGUGACAGAAGGAAAGCUUGUAAAUAUGCCUGUGUACCUUAUCAUUUCUUCACGCUCAGUCGCUUGUAACUAUAUUAUUAUGACUGAGACAAAAUACCACAGACAAACUUUUAAUCUGCUUUGUCAUUGCCUACAAGUCAACUGUAAUGUACAUCUGUGGUCAUGGAAACCGAUCAAUAAAACAAAGCGAUAAAAUGAG